AUGAAGAGGAAGAGGGGGUGCCAAGACGCACCAAGUGAUCGUCCUGCCAAAAGGCAUCAGGCAACAACAUCAAAAAAGGACAUUCAGAAGCCAAGAGCAGCAGCAGUCUUGCCGACCGUUCAUCACAGUGUCCUGUCCUCGUACUAUCCUAAGGUAUGUACGUUGAGGAACUAUUUAUUAGCUAACUUACCUGCUUCUGCUCGUGUCCGACGAAAGAGAUUGGGUGCGCAUGGACGAGAGGAUGAGACCUGCAUUCUGGACGCAACUUUUGUCGGUCUUCUCAAAGAGCCCUCGUUCUCAGUCACAAUAUCUCGAAAAGAUGAUUUUGCUUCGUUCACUCAAAGCCAGCAUCGCGCCACCGGGGCGUUCAGUGGCAAAACUCUGCGAUAUUCCAUGAAGGAGAUAGUUGACUUUGUCAUCUGGUUGCUCUUCAAGGACCACAGGGUGUAUUCACAGCGACCCCGUCAUGUCCUUUGCCACGGCCUUGCCAAAGCCGCUGCCCCCCUUGUGUCAGAAGCAGACAGUAUGCAGACCACCUUUCUGCCAGGCAUCGUGCAACAACAUCCCAACGACAGCAUAGAGAGGCUCAAAUCAAGCACCUGGUCUAAUAUCGCACUACUGCUCGGGGAAGAUGCUGAGGGUAUAUUGUCAAACAUGCUCCUUGAUUGUGGUAUCUUUGUUCGUAUGUCUGAAGGAAAGGACAAUUACUUUCAAUUGAGCGGCAUCCCUCUGUCAGAGUUGACCCCUAAUCGGAAUCACAAUUUACUGCCUAAAACACAUCAAGCAAAUGCCCUCGAGCGACCUCUUGACCCGUCACGUAUUAGGUUUGUCAGAAACCGGAUACUAUACUCGAGGCCCGCCUUGAACCGCACCGGCAAGGUAAAGGUUGGGCUAAAGCAUGUGCACGUCUUCGAAAGAUUUGCAGAUACCAGUCAACCUAUGCACUCAAUACACAUACUAAAGCAUGUUUUCCCACGCCAGUUUGGCCUCCAUAACGUAUUCACAAGCAAUGUCGAUCGCGCCGAGACUGCGCAGCCAUUCAAGGACUACUCCAUUCGGGAAGCAGAAAUUGCAGAUAAAUCAAAGCGACAUUCGAUGAAGGUGCCAUAUCGUCUACGGGGAGAAGCCAUUGAAAUGGUUAGGAAAAUGCAGCGCAAUCAUCAACAGUGCUCGUACAGCCAACUGCUCAGGUAUUACUGCCCGGUUCGACAGUCCACAAACGAAUGCACAGAGGAUCUUGAGCGAAGGUGGCGUUCUGUCUCCACUCCAGGUUCUGAAUGUUUGUUGACGCAGUUGAGUUUCGCUGGCUCAUAUGGGUUCUCAAGGGACUCACCCUCUGACCACUACGAUGCCGAAGCCUCCUUUCUACCUCAUGCAACCCCGCCAGAGAUGGUGUCUGUGUUUUGCCGUUCAGUUAUUGCGACACUGCUGCCCCAGAACUCGCUGGGAACUGGUUCAGAUGGCGUACACAACCUGCAGACACUCCUGCGGAAGGUCGACCAGUUUAUCAAACUGCGCCGAUUUGAAACUUUAAGUCUACAUCAAGUGAUGCAGGGGAUACGGCAAAAGUCAAUUGACUGGCUACGUGCUCCGAAGACUGGCAGAGGGCAAAACUUAUCCAAGUCGGACUUCAUGAAGCGGGUUGAACUUUUGCAGGAAUACAUCUAUUACGUUCUAGACUCUAUUCUGAUACCAUUAAUUCGAUCCAACUUCUACGUCACAGAGAGCUCUUCUCACCGGAAUCGACUGUUCUAUUUUCGACACGAUGUCUGGCGCAAGCUCAGUGAACCAAGUCUUGCUACCUUGAGACUGAAUAUGUUCGCUCCUACCAUUCCCAGUCAAAUUAGACGUGUGCUCGCAACACGGUCUCUGGGCUAUAGCUACUUGAGACUACUUCCUAAAGAUAUUGGUUCUCGGCCCAUCACAAAUUUGAGACGCCGGCAAGUUAAACUGAUCUCUGGUCGAAGGCUUCUCGGACCUAGUAUCAAUUCGCAACUCACACCGCUGUUUAGUGUGCUCAACUAUGAACGGUCUCAGCAUCCGACUGUCUUAGGAUCUGCCCUUCUGUCCGUGGGAGAUAUUCAUAGCAAGCUGAGUGGCUUCAAAAGGGCUAUAUCCUCGCAAGAUCCAAUAUAUAUUGCGAAAAUGGAUAUCAAGUCUUGCUUUGACAGCAUACCUCAAAACGAGCUCCUUUUGGCAGUCAGGGCGCUCUUUCAGGAGCCAGCCUACCGAACCACCAAGCAUACUGAGUUCAAGUCAGUGGAUGACAAGCAAUAUAAGGAAGAACCACAGCUCCAACGUAGAUUCGUCGGUUCGGCAAGACUUGCUGAUGAUUGCGCAGUAUUUUCGGAAAGGGCAAUUGCGCAACUAGCUGCCAGAAAACGGCGAGUGGUCUUCUCAGACACAGGCAACCACAGGAUAUGGUCUCGUGGCUCACUGCUCAAGCUUCUUCAGACACACGUGCAAGAGAGUAUUGUCAAAGUUGGCAAGAAGCACAUGAUUCAAAAGGAUGGCAUUCCGCAAGGUUCCAUCCUGAGUAGCUUGCUCUGCAGCUACUUCUACGGCAUGUUUGAAAAUCAGGAGCUGGGUUUCCUUGAUCCAAGAUCUUGCUUGCUUUUGAGGCUCAUCGAUGACUUCUUGCUGAUCACCACUGAUCAAAUUCUGGCAAAACGGUUCUUAGAGGUCAUGGCAAAAGGAGAUCCUAAGUAUGGAAUCCAAGUGAAUGCUGGCAAGUCGCUGGUGAAUUUCGAUGUGACAAUCAAUGGACAGAAAGUUCCACGUCUGCAUGGCACCACUUGGUUCCCCUAUUGUGGCAUGCGGAUCGACUCAAAAACCCUAGUUCUACAAAAGGAUCGGGAGAAGAAAGAUGCACACGUCAGAAACUCAUUGACUGUUGAGACUGGCGCAAAGGCAGGGAAAGUCCUGAGAAGAAAGGUUUUGUCCUCGCUCAAGUUGCAGAUGCAUGCUAUGCUGAUGGACAUUUCGCUGAAUGGGAAACGGCAUGUUAUGUGCACGCUUUUGGCCAACUUUGUCGAAUCAGCGAUGAAAUUUCAUCAAUACCUAGGUCACCUGGCACACAACCAACGACCUUCACAAGAAUUGAUCCGGCAGCUGAUUCAGGAAAUGAUGACUACAGCACAUAAGAUUUGUUUGGCCAAAAAUAGUCGAAAGCGAGGCAUAAGAUGGGUUGAGAUGUGCUGGCUCGGUGCCUGUGGCUUUCAAAGAGUACUGCAACGGAAGCAGACCUAUUAUUCAGAAGUUUUGGUCUGGCUGAACUCGCUUCGGACAGAAAGCGAAUCGCACAUCGGAUUGCACUUUUCGGAGAGAGAAGCACUGAUAAGGGCGAGUGAGAAAGUGUUUCGUGGGUACAUAUAUUAG